UGGCCGGUAAGCGCGCGCGGGGGGGAGAGUGCGCAGAGGGAGGGGUUGCGGAGAGAGCAAGAUGGCGACGGCGGAGCCGGUAGCGGCCGCGGAGCCGCAAGAAAUAUCUGAAAUACUAGAAACUGACACGGCAGCUGCAGAUGCGUGCUCCGAAAAUGCAACCCAAGAUCAAUAUCUGAAACAUCCUCUACAGAACAGGUGGGCACUAUGGUAUUUUAAAAAUGACAAGACCAAAGGUUGGACCGAAAACUUGCGACUUAUCGCUAAAUUUGAUACAGUGGAAGAUUUUUGGGCAUUAUAUAAUCAUAUACAACAACCAAGUAAACUGCUGUUUGGGUGCGAUUAUUGUUUGUUUAAGGAUGGUAUUAAGCCAAUGUGGGAAGAUGACAAGAAUAAAAAAGGUGGAAGAUGGCUAAUGACGCUGAACAAGCAACAGAGGCACAAUGAUUUGGACCGAUUCUGGCUCGAAACACUUUUGUGUCUGAUUGGCGAGUCCUUUGAUGAAAGUAGUGACGAGGUUUGUGGAGCCGUUGUAAACGUCAGGCCUAAAGGUGAUAAAAUAGCAAUCUGGACAGGAAACUGCCAAAACAGAGAAGCAGUCGUUUCUAUAGGGCAAUUGUAUAAAGAACGCUUAGGACUGUCUUUGAAAAUUGCUAUUGGGUACCAAUCACACGAUGAUACUUCUAGCAAAAGCGGAUCUACAACAAAGAAUAUGUUUUCAGUCUAAGGAACAAUCUCAAACGCAACAAACUUAAGAUUCAUCUGCUACUGUGUUUAACAAAAAAAAUUAACUAAAACUUUGGAUCGGUCAAUAUAUACUUGGAACGAGCAGAAGCAGAGCAAGCUACGUUCUGGGAUUAUCUUGCUGCUGAAUGGAUUUGGUUUCUAUUGGCAAAUGAAAGGAAAAUGCAGAAAGCCUUAACAUUGGGUCUAUAGAUUUUUUUCCCUCUUUUUAUUUUGUAGAUUUCAAAUUCGACAAUAGUGAAUGAACCAGCUAUACUACAUUUUUUCAGUUUUGAUUGCCAUUUCUAACCUAUAAUCUGCUUAACAGAAGUUGCCAGCUGCUUGGUGUGUAUAACAUUACAUUAGUUGCUGCAGUACAAAAGGCAUGGUCCAAUGAAUAUUUCCCUAAUAUUUGGCAAGACUCCCGGUGGGCUGAGACCUGUCUGGAAUUUGGCUGCUGGAGGUGAGAGCAAACAAUAAACUGAACACACUCCAUCCCAUAGUAAGGAAGUUGAUACGCUUGUGCUGUUUUUACAAAUAACACGUCGUGUCUUGAAUAAAGCAUUCAUUAAGGAAUGGUCCUCUGCAUGGAAACAAGUGCCAUUUGACACAGCCACAUCAGUAGUAUUAUAACCAAAAGGGGACGUUUUUGUGCCCGGAUGAGAUUAUUUCCCAAUCUGUUUAAACUCACUGCAGAUAGGUGGUUAAAUUAUGGCUUGCUAUACUCGUGGGCCUGCCUUGCUCCCAAAUGAUGGGUCUGAGGUGCAUAAUUGCAAGUCAAUAACUUAACAUCCAAUGCCUCUCCCAGAAGUGUCUGUGGGAAUGUACUGACUGUUCAUUUUUUUUUCAUUUUGUUUCUUCCGCAUCAAUGUUAAAUUAUUAUUUUAAAUGGCGUUUUAAGCAGAGCGGGUACUGGCAAAAAAAAAAUGGAGAAAUUAUACUUUAAUCUUACAUUUCGAAGACCGUUAGCUGAAAAAUAUGGGAGGCCAAUCCAAAUGUUUCUAGUUGACAACAGCACAAACCUGUUUCUCACUUGCCUCUGCUUAUUUUCCUUUUCCCUGCUGCAUUUUCUGCAUUAAGUUUAUUUCUGUCCAUAUUUUACUCCAAUACCCAGACACAUUCCCACAGCUAUUUUAAUCUGCAGCCCUAAUUUUAUUCACUAUCGCAUUUUGAGGUCGACGCGUUUGCAAGCAGAACCAUUCCUUGGAGAAUAUUUUCUAAGAUAUUUAACAUUCAAAAGAAUUGCUGUGAAUUUAAUUUGCAACUUUUAAGAGGACUUUGAACAGUUAUCCUUUGAGCUUCAUUGGAUAUGUAUUGCUUUUCACAGUAGAUGAAAUCAAAGUUAGGAACAAGAAAUUAGAUGCUUUUAAUAUUCUCCAGUGUUUUCUCAUUUGGUAUUGUGCAUUGUGAAUUCCAGAACCUGGUAAUAAAUGGCAACGUUGGAACUAUCCAUGAAUUA